AUGGCAGAUGAUUGCAACCGAGUGGAGAAACGCAGCCUAUUGGAAUCCUCCAAUGUGACUCCAGCGCCGCCUUCUGUCAAUCGACCGAUCCCUGUGCCUUCCGUCUACCUCGACGAACGAGGGGAGAUUCACAAUCUGCAAGUGGGUGGCCUUCGAAUCAACCUGCUCUCUUCCAAAAAAGGUGUCAUGAGAUCGGGAGACAUUCAUCAAAACACACAGCAUGACUUUGUCGUCAAGGGAAAAGUUGAAGUGUGGAAGUUGACAGCCAAUGGGACGCAAAAGACAAUAUACCAUUCCUACGACUACGUUCGCAUCGAACCCUUUGUACCACACAUUUUUCAUUUUCUGGAAGAUACCAUCAUGGCCGAGUGGUGGGAACCACAGGGAUUCUAUGCAUGGUUCUACGAGCCGUAUCGAAGACUUGUCCAGGAGUCUUUUCAGAGGACGCGUCCAGGACGCUUUCAGCUAUUGAAAACAGAUAGCGAUCAUGAGGAUGAUGAAAGCUGCAGUUCCUUGACGGCAAGCUUUGGAAUUAUAUCACUGGCACUUGCUGCAGGAGUAACUAUUGGUUACGUUUUGGGUAGACACAACAACAGCCCUCGCUACUAA